UGGCCCUGCUGCUUGUGGGCCCUUGGCCCCAGAUAAAGGCCCCGCCAUGGGUCCUCCCUUCCACGCCCACGGAAGCCACCGCUGAGGCAGCGCGGAGGAGGCCAUGCGGUGCCGCGGACUGAGACGAGGGCGGUGCUGCGACCACCGGAAGAGGCGAGGCGCGCGCCGGGGUCACGCAGGCCCCGCCCCCCUGCGUCACUUCCGUAAACAAAGGGGGCUGCGGCGGCGUCGGGGCCGGGGUGCGACCCGGGUUCGGGCUGCGGUGGUGGCUUCGGACGCGGGGUCUUUGCAGGUGGCGGCGGACCCCGAGCCCCUUCUUCUGCAGGUCAUAAGAAGCUGCCCUUGGUGUAAUAAGGAACUUAAAACAAUGGAGGAACGGAAAGUGAAGAGGAGGAGUCCUAAGUCUUUUAGUGCCCACUCUACUCAGGUUGCUAAUGCCAAAAAAAAUGCCAUUCCAGUUAGCAAAAGCACAGGAUUUUCAAAUCCUGCGUCACAGUCAACUUCACAGCGACCAAAGUUAAAAAGAGUGAUGAAAGAAAAGAGCAGACCUCAGGGUGGAGAAGGAAAAGGUGCUCAGUCAACUCCGAUUCAGCACUCCUUUCUCACCGACGUCUCAGAUGUUCAGGAGAUGGAGCGGGGCCUGCUAAGCCUUUUGAAUGAUUUCCACUCAGGAAAACUUCAAGCAUUCGGAAAUGAAUGUUCCAUUGAGCAGAUGGAGCAUGUCCGGGGAAUGCAGGAGAAAUUAGCUCGUCUGAAUUUGGAGCUCUAUGGGGAGUUAGAGGAACUUCCGGAGGACAAGAGAAAAACAGCCAGUGACUCCAAUCUGGAUAGGCUUCUGUCUGAUUUAGAAGAAUUGAAUUCUUCCAUACAAAAACUCCAUUUGGCAGACGCACAAGAUGUUCCAAAUACUUCUGCCAGCUAAAAUGAAACAACAGUUGCUUUCUUGUGGUUUGAAGAAAAGCAGUAUGCUUUAUUUUUCCAGCUGAAUCCAGUAGCAGAAUCAUCUUCCACAACAAGGAAUUAAAGCAACUGAAAUGCAAGUGCAAUGGUGGUUUUCUCAUACUGCUUUUAGUAAAUGUGACUUGCUCUAAUUCACCGUAACUGGAGGCUAGGCCUUCUCGAGGCUUAAUCAGGAAAUGUGAUGCAGGGGUUGUGCUGCUCUGCUUUAUGUUGUUGCCUUAUGGAAUUAUACUUGAAAUGCGUUGUGCUAAACAUAGUUGAUCGGGCUGCAGGAUCCAUCCUUCGUGAGCCCACAGACUUAGUCCAGUGUUGAUCACAAGUGUGUGAUGCACAGGCUUUUUGUGGCGGCCCAGCUUCCGUUUACAUUAGACAAUCACUACACAUGCUGCUGUGUUUUCCGGUGGCCAGUGACAACAAAAUGUUAAAUGAGUAUUUGUGAGAUUUGCUAUUUUUAAUAAAGUGAUUGUUUUAAAUUAG